UUUUCAAAAGCAAUAUUAUUGAAACAGCAAUAAGUUCAAUUUUUAUGAGAAUCAUCUCAUUUUCAUAAAUUCAAUCACUAAGAAUAUAAUUCGUUUAUUUUUCCUUCGGUACGGAUAGGAAGUUAUAUCGGGAGCAUGAAGAAUACAGUUUCCAAAAUGAAUAAAAAUUCGAAAACGGGUAAGGCUAAAACAGCGAAAUCUAAGAAACACGAGGAUGAUAUCGGUCAGCGUGCUUCCAAUGCAUUCAAAAAACAAUUGGAGGUGUUGGUUGAGUGGGCUAAAGCUGUCCCAGAAUUAUCAAAUGCGAAAUUAACAAAUGAUGUAACAAGAGCAAGAAUCAAGCAACUGUGGAUUAAAAUUCAGGGGCAGCUAAAUGAAAUGCCCAGUGGUACCGAAAAGACUGUAGAACAAUGGAAAAAAUCACUGCAUGACCGGGUAAGGAUGGUGAAAGCUAAAGUCACUGCAGUAAACAAAAGUUUGAAUAAAACUGGGGGUGGACCUGCAGAUCAUGUGGAUUUGACUCCAGAAGAGGAACAGACAUUGGCAGCCCUAGUGCCGAAAUUAUUAGUGACUGGCAAUAACGACAUUCUGGAAUCAGUUGCUAUUUUUUCUGAGAAUGAGGAGGAUGUGGAUGGAGCUGGUGCUGACGAGGUUGAUGCCACUGUUGAUGAUAAAGACGAUGAGAAUAAUGAUGAUGAGAAGAAAGUUUCUGUGGUGGACUUCAGUCAAGUCACUCCCUUGACACGUGAUUCUUAUGCUGAUGCCAAGUUGGACGAUUUAGAGAAACCUGAUGUCAAGGAAAUCGACACAAAAUCUGAUGCUGGAGGAUUAAUCUCAAAUCCUGAGGCUCCCCUGCCUAACAUUGAGGUCCUCAUGAUGGAGUUUGAGUCCUCCCUGUCAAAAGUUGAGCCCCGUGAGCCAAAAACAGAGUCAGUAGCUUGGAAUAGCCAGGAGCCUAUCCAACAGACCAAGCUGGAGGUACGGAAUGGAGGGGCUCUGAAUGUUAAAAAAGAUAAUCAUCUAACUGAGCUCAAUGCAGUUAAAAAGACAAAACCUCCAGGAUCUGUCAUUAAUCCUUUUAAAGUUACAGUGAAAACGGAAGAUGCAGCGUUUCCCAGCAAAAAGAGGUCAAUGGCAGUACACCGCCAAGAUGCAUCAUUGAGAAAUUCAGAGAACAUCCUGGCGUUGUUUAAUGAUGAAUUACAGAUGAAGAGAAAAUAUUUUGACCAGCAAUUAUACCAGGGUGCCAAAAAAGCUCGAGCUAUGAUCUUCCAGUCCGGAGUCCUGAGCAACAUCAGCAACAAGCUAUAUAAUCCGUGGUGAUUGUUCUUCGGAUUUUUUCUAUCAACAAAUUCUUUUUCUUUCUUAAUUGGUGGACUGGUAACCUGUCAAUAAAUGUUUCUUUUUCAUUCAUA